AAUUAAAUCUUUAAAUAAAUUAUGGGACGUAUGCAAGCUAAGGGAAAAGGAAAGGGUAUCUCCGGAUCUGCCCUUCCAUACAAGAGAAAAGCACCAAAGUGGUUGACACUCUCAUCAAAGUCCAUCGUUGAUUAGAUUGUAAAUUUGGCAAAGAAGGGACUUAAUGGAUCAUAAAUCGGUGUUUACUUGAGAGAUCAAUAAGGAAUCCCAUAAACCAGAUUCUUGACUGGUCAAAAGAUCUUGAGAAUCUUGAAGAAGAGAGGUUGUGCACCAAAAAUCCCUGAAGACUUAUAUGCUUUGAUCAAAAAGGCUGUCCAAAUCAGAAAGCAUUUAGAAAAGAACAGAGGAGAUAUUACAAGCAAAUUCAGAUUGAUUUUGGUUGAAAGCAGAAUUCAUAGACUCAGCAGAUAUUAUAGAAGAACCCAAAAGUUGCCAUCCAAUUGGAAAUAUGUAUCAAAGACUGCAUCUGCCUUAAUCGGUUAAUGAGCAAACAAUUUAAUCAAUAUAGUACAUUAUUAAUAAUACAAAUAAAUCAA